CUAUACUCAGAAGAAGAACUAACUACAAGGCUAUCAGAAUGAAGACCUUUUAUGUCUUCUACUGUCUUCUGUACGCUACAUGGACAGAAGGGGUGGAUAUCCAUGAGGAGGGAUUUGAGUGGGGAGUGCUCUCUUUCCAGUGCUCGCACAACUUUGCAUGGAAAAACAAUAAGUACUUCUGCAAGGAUCCAUGCAAAACCAAUGAGGACAUACUGGUUACUGUAAAAUCUGGUGGAAGAGCAGAGGCAGAAAGGAUAAGAUUGGUGGACUCGGGCAACGGAGUCUUUUACGUUACCUUCAAUCCACUCCAUCUGUCAGACGCGGGGAGAUACUGGUGUGCAGUGGACAGGCCUGGUUUUGAUACGUUCACUGCAGUAUACCUUACUGUAAAAGAAGCUGUUGCAAAUGACACAACAACUGUCAUACUUGACGUUUCCUCCACAUGGACGUAUCAGAAUAUUUCCAGCUCAACACCACUGAUAUCUCAAAUGGACACCAGUACAAAUGCUUCAAUAGCCUCAAACUUCACUGAUGGAGGAAAAAACAGCAUCAGUGCAAGCACUGUAUUGUAUGCUACUGCCGGGGCUGUUAUCAUGCUCACAAUCUUGGUGGUGGCAAUGAGCUUCAGGAAAUGCAGAAAAAAACAGAAACAGCAACAAGUUUGCUCCAACAGUACGGAUCACGUCAGUAACAGAGAGGCCGACUGUGAGCGCGGUGAGACUGGGGAGGAAGUCCGAUCCAUUAAAAAUCUAUCUGAGAAGAAACAGGAUCCACCAACAUCUGCAUCCACAGCAGCCGAUUGUAGCGUACCCUUUCAUAUCUAUGAAAACAUCUGCUGUGACAAAGAUACCGCCUAUUCCAACUACUCAGCCAGAAACAUCCAAGACAAGCAUGACGCCAGCCCUAGGAUCUACAUCAAACCGUUGCCACCUAUAAUAUCUCAAAGGCCCGGUGAUGACUGUCUAAGAAAACACACAAAUAAAGAGAGCUGUACCAGUAAAGUGUUGACUUGUCACUCUAGAUCCUGCUGUGAUUCGGCUGAAUCAAGGCCCAGAUCACUUUGGUUUGGUCUGGAUUUAUCAGGAACAAUCUGAGUUACUCUCAAACUUGGUAUGAUGUUCAUGGACGUGUUACCUCUUAUACUCUCCAGAUAUAUCUAAGUGACAUUAUCUGUCACUUUGAACUACAUUUUUUCCCCUUUACACAGGCAGGCUGAGGGGUGUAGACAGAUUCUGUCUUUGUUUAGAUUUUGUUUCUGUCCGCUUGCCAAAAGAGAGACAAUUUUACUUUUAACUUUAAAAAUGGCAUCUUUCCUAGCUGUUGUUUUGCAGAAUUACUUUCCUUUCUUUUGAAUAUUUUUGCUUUAGUGAUGACAGUCCAAGCUCAGAUAUAUGGUUGUAUACAAUAACAGCAAUAUAAUACCACAGCUCUGAUUAAAAUGUACCUUUAUGAAACUUAAAAUGUUCAAUUGUUUGCUGAAACUGCUAUCGUUGAUAGACGUGUUGAUUUAAGACUUAAAUAACUUCUUUUAAGACUUUUAAGUGCUGUAACAUCACAGUGUUCUUGCAGUGGACUGCACUUUUUGAUAAGGAGUUUUUUGUAAAGCACUUUGAGCUGCAAAAGCUCUGUUGAUGGCAUUUUUUUU